UGGACCCGCCACGGCGGCGGCGGCGCUGGCGGGGCGGCCUGGCGGGCUGUGGAGGCCCGGCCGCUGGGUGGCCGCAGCCGGGCACCCUGAGGCCACGCCUCGCGCCAGGCGCUGACCCGGCUGGGUGGUGAGCGAGCCGCGGCCUGGGCGGUGGCGCUCCGGUCCGCAGACGCCGUGCCCUCGAUGCGUGUUGGGGCUCUGCGGAGCAGGGCGGAAGCUGGGCCCGGGUCGCGGGCGGAGUAGGAGGCCCACGGGCCCGCUCGCCUGCGCGGUGGAUGCGGCGGUGGCGGCGGCGAUGGACGCCCUAGAGGAAGAGAGCUUCGCGCUGUCCUUCUCCUCUGCCUCUGAUGCGGAAUUUGAUGCUGUGGUUGGAUAUUUGGAGGACAUCAUCAUGGAUGACGAGUUCCAGUUAUUACAGAGAAAUUUCAUGGACAAGUACUACCAAGAGUUUGAAGACACGGAAGAGAAUAAACUCACCUACACACCUAUUUUUAACGAAUACAUUUCUUUGGUAGAAAAGUAUAUUGAAGAACAGCUGCUGGAGCGGAUUCCUGGAUUUAACAUGGCAGCUUUCACAACUACAUUACAGCAUCAUAAAGAUGAAGUGGCUGGUGACAUAUUUGACAUGUUGCUCACAUUUACGGAUUUUCUGGCUUUUAAAGAAAUGUUUCUGGACUACAGAGCAGAAAAAGAAGGCCGGGGAUUGGACUUAAGCAGUGGGUUAGUGGUGACUUCACUGUGCAAAUCAUCUUCUACACCAGCUUCCCAGAACAGCCUGCGUCACUAGGUCCCACAUACUGUCACUGGCCCAGUAGGCUGGGAGAACCCUCAGCUCAAGAUGACAGAAUACAUCUUGGAAAGACUGACUCUUUUCUGCAGCUUCUCAUUCAUCUUAAGUAUUGAUGGAUCAAAACAAAACGGCCUGACCCUCUUUGACUGUUUCUCCUGAAACACUUUCUUGUAUUUAGUAACCCUAGUAGUCCUUCCCAAGAGCUCAGUUACCCUAGUACUCCUCUCCUCCCCAAGGAGACACCUCUCUCAAGUGCUUCUGAGUCAGACUCCUCUGGAGCAAGCACAUGUCACGUGUUCCACCUGGGCCCCUUCCCUCAGCAUCCACGUUGGUGUGUCAACAGUGUGGCACAACCCACUAUCACAACCCUCUUUGCCCCAGCAGGCUUUGCAUGAAUCUUUUUAUGUACUCAUAGCUUUUUUACAUGGGUCAGAGUUUGAGUCCUUCGGCCUCAGUGGGAUUUUCGACUGUUGGGGAAUAUUUGUGUAGAGUGUUACUCAGGCUAGCUGCCCAUCUUGAGAUUUCUGAAUCUCCUAUGAUCACAGCUUGUAGGAAUCAACUGAGAGAGAUGUCCUUUACCUAAAGAAGCUAUAUGUGCAAAUCAAUUCCUAGUCUUACAUUUACAGUCCUUGAAUCACUAUGUCUUCUGCUGGUCCUGAUUUAGUCCCACUGUUUCUAGAAGUCUCUUUUAAGCAUUAUUUUUGAAAAAAAUAUUUUUUAUAGAUGAAUACUCAGGCUAACCUAGUGGAUAUGAUCUUGGAACUUCCAUGAUUACCCACUUAAAGAUCAAAGUAUUAUAUGCUGUGUGCUUUUUAGUGUUGUGAAUGCAAAAAUGCUUUCUAUGUUGGUGUUCCCAUUUUACUGGGCACCAGUGAAUGUACGCUGUGCACUAGAAAUAGACUAACAGGUAUCCUGUUCUUAUAGCAUGUUAAGUGCGUUGUGCACGUUUGCUUAAAAUCCUUUCUGUGUAAAUGAGUUUGUUAGAUUUUCUGAUGGGGUAGGUAGGGACUCUGCAAUUUCUUCUUGUCAGUCUCUUCUACCAAGAUGGUGUGCCACUGGUCUAGCUUGGCAUGAGUAGGAGGUAGUAAAGAGCUUUACUGUCGUCUGCUUUAGUACGUUUGGUAGAUUACCAGAAAACAUGUAUGUCACAUUUCUAGAAAGAAGAAAAAACAUAGUAGUUCAAUUCCCAGUGUGCACCUUUGAUUUGUUUUUUUAAAGUAAAAAUAAGAAUCUGUACUGACUUUUCACUUGGCCAAUCUGGUUUUAAAGAUGAGCUAUAAGCUGUGUUUUUCUGUACAAAUGUGUCGCUUACUAAGUACUUUUGUACCAUGACUAAAAUGAGGUGUUUUGCAAGAACCAUCACUCUAAA